AUGCGUCUUGUCUUGCUGAUCUGCCUCCUGACAGGAACCACUGGGAAAAGCUGCCUCCGCUGCUGGCCAGAGCUGUUCCCCCAGAUAGACUAUGACCUGCAGGUGCUCUGGGGCAACCCAGGGCCCCCCACAGAGCUCUCCCAAAGCAUACACUCCUUUUUCAUGGAGAAUAACACCUUACUCUUGCCCUGGCAUCUUGCUCAAGACAAUUUGGAUGAGGAAACAGCUACAUUCUUCACCUACGUAGACAACGCCAUUAAAAAGCUGAAGGAUGAUAAGCCAGCAUUGCUUGAAGAGAUUCGUGUUCAGAAGAUCUUCCUGGCUAAGAGGCUGAAGGAGAGGUCCGAGGACCUGAUGCAGAAGGUCUGCAAUGAGUCCUGUGACAUCCUCUCCAAAAUGGAAGUCACUUCAUGUACCGACUGCCAGACACUCUACUUGUCCUGCAAUGACCCUACCUUGUGCACAGCCAGGGUCAUGCGGAGCUACAAGUGGGUUGUGAUCCUUGCCACCGUCUUGAUGCUCCUGGCUGUGGCUGGCAUUGGUGGCUACUUUUUCUGGCUCCAAAAGAAGGCUGCAGAGGCUGAUGAGGUACUGGGAAAUGCACUCCUGUCUGGGGCUAAGCGGACCAGGCUGGGCCAGAGUGCAGGCCCUGCCCAGGGCAGCUGCCAGAAGAGGACCCAAGCCCUGUCCGGUGGCGCGGCCAAGCGUCAGGCAAGUGCGGCGGUGGCUCUGCACCCCCGGCCCGCCCUGAACAUGCGGGCAUCGGGAACUCAACUAGGAGGGGGACACAGCAGCUUCGGGAAUACUGGAGAAGUCCACUGA